AUGGCCACCCCGAAGCCUUACCAGAUCUCUAUUGCAGACGCUAACUUGGAAGACCUGCAACAGCGACUGAGGCUGACCAAGCUCCCACCUCAGCUCGAGAGCAAGGAUGAGUGGCAAUUCGGCGUUCCAGUGGGCGAGGUGAGGCGAUUGCUUGAUCACUGGAAGAAUAGAUUCAACUGGAGGCAGCAGGAGGAAGAGCUGAACCAACUGCCACACUUCAUCACCAAGGCCACCGUCGAUGGUUUCGGAGAUCUGGACAUCCACUUUGUGCAUCAAAGGAGAAAUGUUCAAGGGGCAAUCUCCCUGCUCUUUUCGCACGGCUGGCCUGGGUCGUUCGUCGAGGUCACCAAACUACUACGACAACUCAACAAGCAACCCGAUGGUCCUCACUUCCAUGUUGUCGCUCCUUCUCUGCCAAACUUUGGUUUUUCCAGUGGAGUCACAAAGCACGGCUUCGGCCUGCCGCAGUAUGCUGAGACAUUCCACAAACUUAUGCUUCAGCUAGGAUACCAUGAGUACGUGACACAAGGAGGCGACUGGGGAUUCUCGGUCACCCGUGCAAUUGGAACGUUGUACCCCAAGCAUUGCAAAGCAUCUCAUAUCAACAUGGCUCUCGUGGGACCUCCAAAGUGGAUUACCAACCCCGUACAAGCUUUGCAGCAUGCAGUAACGCCGUACACUGCACAGGAGAGGGCAGCACUUGCUAGAACCGAAUGGUUUUAUCGCAACAGCUACGGCUACAACCUGUUACAAUCGACCAAGCCCCAAACGAUCGGCUUCGCACUUGCCGACAGCCCUGCCGCCCUUCUCGCCUGGGUCUACGAGAAGCUCCACGACUGGACGGACUCGUACGCCUGGUCAGACGAUGAGAUUCUGACCUGGGUCUGCAUCUACUGGUUCUCCACUGCUGGACCCGCGACAAGCGUGCGGAUCUACUACGAGGCCACGCACGCUUCGUCUGAGUUGAACAUGACUACCCAGUCGCUCACUGGGUGGGUUCCGCAUGUGCCAUUGGGCAUUGCACACUUUCCCAAGGACAUACACGUCGUCCCCAGUUCCUGGGCGAAGACGCUUGGUCCCGUGUCCUUUGAGAGUGAGCAUUCUCGUGGAGGUCACUUUGCUACGUUGGAAGAGCCUGCAGCUGUGGCAGCGGACCUCGUGGCGAUGUUCGAACGUGGCGGGCCGUGCUUUGGAGUUGUGUCCUCCGCGAGUGGGUACAAAGACUAG